AUGAAAUAUUUUCAAAAUGGAAUUAACUAAAUUUGUUCAUAAAUCAUCCGGCCACUUAGAGCGGAGUACCAACAAUAUGAUUUAGGACCUAUUUAAGAUUAAACAUACACUAGAAAUGAUUUCGAUUUGGUGAAUCAUUGUCAGCAGAGAAUAAAAGUAUCUCUAUUUUAAGGUAAUGUUUAAAGUGAUGUUUGCAUCAUUUAUUUACAUUCAGCCAAUGGGUGUAGAUUGGAAGCCUUGAGAUAUGUGAACGAGAUCUUGAAUUAAAACUAUAUGUUUCUUACUUUUGAUUUUACUGGCAGUGGCAUAUCUGAUGGAGACCAAGUCACAUAUGGUUAUAGAGAGAUUUAUGAUUUGCAGACUGUCAUCACACACAUUAGUCAAUAUGCCAAAGCAAUAGUAUUAUGGGGAAGAUCGAUGGGUUCUGUAGUUGCUUUGUUGUAUAUGCAGUAAUUUCAAAAUGUAUUUGUAAAAUGCUUGGUUCUUGACAGUCCCUUUAUUUGUUUGUAAGAUAUUGUAGUCUAGAUGGCUUCCAAAAGGACCAAAAUUCCAAAUUUCAUUUUGAACUCUCUAUCCUCCUAUGUGUCAGAUGAAAUCAAAAAUCAAUGCGGAUUUACAUUGAAUGAGAUCAAUUGUUUAAAUAAUCUAAAGCUAAUAAAAAUACCUGCAUUUUUUAUCACUUCCAUAAUCGAUUCAGUAGUCUCGCAUGAAUAAACUGAAAAACUAUUUAAUAAUUAUCAAGGAAUCAAGUAAAUCUAUUACACCAAUCAGGAUCAUAAUGAAACCAGAGACUUUGCUUUGGUUGAUAAGGUGAUGUGCUGGUUAAAUCAACAAUUGCAAAGCGUUGGUUAAAGAAUCAAGUCCAAAAUAAUAUUUAAAGAUCACCCUAUUCCAAUCAAAUUGAUUGAUCUCAACAGUUUCAAUAACAAGGAGAGAUCCUCAACUUUUGAUGACAAUAGAAUUAUAUCGAUUUCUCCAAAACAAAAGACUACCAAUGUGUAAUAGAGAUUUCAAUAGGUCCUGCAAACGCAGAGAUCAGCCUUUAUUGAGAGGUCAGUUUCAACUAAUAAAAUGAACAUAUCGGUGGAUGGCUAUGACACUAAUUAAAUCAAGUUAAUAAACCAAAAUAGAUUCAAAUAAUAAAAUUAUUUUAAUCAACAUACUAAUCCCAUCAUGUUUUCAAAAGUACCCAAUAAAACCAGAGAUUCAAGUCAUCAUAAAUAUUGA